AUGAAAGUUCUUUUCUUGCUGCCUUCAGCGUACAUACGAAUUUGGAAAUAUAAAUAAGGAAUUUGAUUUAAAUUAAAUUAUAAAUUGAUAUGGCAACAUAUUCAACAGAUAGCGAUGGAAAAUUUAUUCCUGCAUCCCAAAGACCUGAUGGAACUUGGAGGAAAGCUAGAAGAGUAAAAGAAGGUUAUGUACCUCAAGAGGAAGUUCCACUUUAUGAAAGUAAGGGGAAACAAUUUGCCGCUAAGCGGUCUGACUUUCCAGUAGGAAUGUGUCCAAUUGCAGCGCAGGCAGCAAAAGAGAAACGAGAAAAACAAGACAAAAAAAAUAAAAAAGGUGUAAUUUUUUGUAAGGUAUUAUUCGAUUCGGUUAAUCAAAAUACCUCAACAGUCACAUCAUCAAAAUCUAAAAAAAAGGAGAAUACUGAAGUAGUUAAACAAUCUGAAUGUAAAGAGGUCAAUGUUGAAAAUGACAUCCAAGAUAAGUUAGAUUCUGAAGAGGAAAUAAGAGUUGAAUUAAAUGAAUUAGAGUUGAAUGAGAAGCAAGAGCUUGCCAAAAAUUUGAAAAAAUUAAAAAAGAAAUUACGAGAAAUAGAAGCUAUAGAAGCAAAAAUCAAAUCUGGUGAGCUUAAAAAACCUAAUAAAGAUCAGAUUGAAAAAGUGAAGAAAAAAAAGGCCUUUUUAAAAGAAAUAAAAGAGCUAGAAAAGGAAUCGGAGGAUUAACUGUUUUUUAAUUAUGAUGUGUGCCAUGAAACUUUUUUAACAGUUACUCAUUCGAAUUGAGCUGAUUUACCCUUUAUGAUAAGUUUUACUUUAAAAAAUUGGUUCUUUUAAGUUUUAUUAUCGUGUAAGCUUUAAACAUUAUAAUUGUACAUAAUAUUUUGUAUAUAAGAUAGGCAUGUUUUAUCCAAAAAAAAAAUUUCAGUUCAAAAUAUAAAAAUUCAUGUAAGUAAUAAU